UAAAAACAGCUUUAAUAAAUGAAAAAUUUGCUCCAGAAAUUUUACCUAUUGAGCCAGCUUUAGAUAAUUUAUAUGUUGAAUUAAAUAAUCAAGUAAGAGUAAAGGAGGAGGAUCAAAUAUCGCAGUUGGAUAUAUCAUUGGGUAAACGAAAAAAUUAUCCAACAGCUUAUGUUCCGGUUAAUUUAGUCACGUGA